AUGGCAUGGAAGAGCAGUGGCCUAAAUGGAAAGUGCAUAUAUCUCCUCAUAGUGAUUUUAUUUCUGCCAUGUGAGAUAACAAGUUCUGUUUUAACUGUGAAUGACAAAACUGAGAACUACAUUCUAGAUACUAUGCCUGGCUCCUAUGAAUCUCUGAAAUGUGCUGUUCAAAACCCCACCAGAGAGGAAGAAUUACUCUGGUACCGACAAGAAGGAACAGUGGAUUUGAAAUCUGGAAACAAAAAAAACUCAAGUUCUGUUUGUGUAUCUCCCGUUAGUGAAGAUGACAAUGGAGUCACCUUCACCUGCAAGCUACAACGAGAUCAGUCAGUGUCCCUCUCAGUGGUGCUGAAUGUCACUUUUUCUCCUAUCCUAAGUGGAGAUGAUGUUCAAACAGUUGAAGAAGGCAGUGAAGUGAAAUUGGUUUGUAAGGUGAAAUCUAACCCCCAGGCUCAAAUGAUAUGGCACAAAAAUGGCAAUUUAUUGAAUUUAGAGAAAAAUCAUCACCAAAUCCAACAGACAAGUGAGUUUCUUCAGCUGUCAUUCACUAAGGUUAAGAAAUCUGACAAUGGAACCUACACCUGUAUUGCCAGUUCAACUAUGAAUAAAGAGACCAAAGACUUUUACCUCAUUGUCAAAGAUAGAGUUCUGACUGUACCGAUAGAACCUAUUAUUGCUGCAUGUGUUGUGGUCUUUCUGACACUGUGCUUUGGAGUCAUUGCUAGAAGAAACAAGAUAAUGAAGCUCUGCAGAAGGGGUGAAGAUCGUCAGACAAACACAGCUCUGGACUGGGGAAUCAAACCCCAGUCCAAAGGUGUGUGCAAUGUGAGGUUUCCUCCUUUUCCAGCUGGGGGAGGAAAACAUCAGAAAUAUGACGGGGGACCCAGGAAAGAACUAGAAACCAGAAAAGAAGAGAAGAAGAGUGGCUCCAACCACCUAACAGAGUCUGUCCUCACUGGGGAACUUCUUCACUGA